AUGGAUAAGCUAGAGGGGAAGGCAGUUGCCAUGAGCAAAAAAUACAUUGAUAGGAGUUUAUUCGAGCAUGAGUCAACUUAUACUAAUGCGUAUGAGUUAUGGAUCAAACUUGAAUCCCUGAUUCAAAAGAAGACGCCGAGAAACAAAGCCCACCUUAUCAGACAACUGGUGAAAUUUGAGUACUCAAACGGCCAAAACAUGAUCAAGCAUUUGAAUACCUCCAAUGGUAUUGUGAAUCAACUAACGAAAUCUUACAUGAAGAAAGAUGAUGAGUUGCAAACUCUUAUAAUCCUAAGUUAUCUACCUGAGAGUUGGGACACCCUAUUUAUCAAUCUUAAUAACUCUACUUCAUAUGGAAAACUUGUCAGGGAUUCUGUUACAGAUUCCUUUCUAAAUAAAGAGUCAAAAUGGAGGGAAAGAGGCUUCAACAACCAGUUUGAAGCCACAAAUGUUGAUAACAGAGGAAGAACACCAACACCAACACUAACACCCUCUGCCAUAGCUGCACCAGCUCCUGUUCCAGUUGUUUUUACUGCACCAACACCAACCCCAUCUAGUGCUGCUUCACCAACACCUACUUUAUUUCCAGCUUCUGGUGGUCACUCUAAUUGGAAAAAGAAAGUCAUUAUAGGUCUUUGUGCAGCAAUGGCAUUUUUGUUGUUGUGUAUCAUGGUUUGUUAUUUCAGAGGAAAUUCAUUAAUACAACAGAUAAAAUAUCAGUUUGGGAAAAAGAAUGAUAAAGAUAUAGAAGCAUUUUUAAAAGAUCAUGGAGCACUAUUGCAGAAAAGGUAUAAAUUUUCAGACAUAAAGAAAAUUACAAACUCUUUCAAGGUUAAACUUGGUCAAGGGGGUUUUGGUGUUGUGUACAAAGGAAAAUUAUUCAAUGGAUGUCUUGUUGCAGUGAAAAUAUUGAAUGCGUCCAAAGAAAAUGGUGAAGAUUUUAUCAAUGAGGUUGCUAGUAUUACUAGAACUUCACAUGUUAAUAUUGUCACUCUUCUAGGAUUUUGUGUUGAACGCAACAAAAAAGCUCUCAUAUAUGAAUUCAUGCCCAACGGUUCUCUUGACAAAUUUAUUUACAAUAAGGGACCUGAAACUAUUGCAUCUUUAAGCUGGAAUGAUUUGUAUCAAAUUUCGAAAGGGAUAGCCCGUGGACUAGAAUACUUGCAUAGAGGAUGUACCACUCGAAUUUUACAUUUUGACAUAAAACCACAUAACAUUCUUUUAGAUGAAAACUUUUGUCCGAAGAUUUCAGAUUUUGGACUAGCAAAACUCUGUCUUAGAAAAGAGAGCAUUAUUUCGAUGUCAAAUCAAAGAGGAACAAUGGGAUAUGUAGCUCCGGAAGUGUGGAAUAGGCAUUUUGGAGGAGUUUCACACAAGUCUGAUGUGUAUAGUUAUGGAAUGAUGUUGUUGGAAAUGGUCGGAGGGAGGAAAAAUGUUAAUGCUGAUGCAAGUAACACAAGUGAGAUAUACUUUCCUCAUUGGGUAUACAGUAGACUUGAGCUUGGUAGUGAUUUGAGACCUGAUGGGGUAAUGGAUACUGAAGAAGAUGAGAUUGCAAGAAGAAUGACCAUUGUAGGUUUGUGGUGCAUUCAAACAUUUCCUAGUGAUAGACCUACAAUGAGUAAAGUGAUUGAAAUGUUAGAAGUUAACAUGAGUUCAUUGGAAAUACCACCAAAACCAUUGCUUUCUUCUCCUACUAGAUCAAUAUCAAAGUCUUCUUCGUCUUAA